UGUUUUCAUAAAUUGUUAUAAAUGUUUUUUUUGUUUAAUUAUAAUUUUUUUAAUAAAUUCAACCUAGAAAGCUUGAAGCAAACUUGACAUGUAAGUUUGCAGCAAAUAAUUUUAUUGUAUUAAUAAUUAUUAUAAAAGAUUUCUCUUAUAUGCAAUUAAUUUGUUAUUUUCAUGCGCAGGCUACUUUCUCCAUUAGAUUUACAAAAAAGAGAACUAAUGAAUAUGUUGAACUCGAUAAAUAAUUUGUGUGGUGAUGUGAAAAAAGGCACAUCCGAAGAAAGGGUUAAGAAAUUCGCUUUGAAAACAAUUGCAAAUAUUGAUGAUUGUCCAAUAAAGAAGGGUACAAAAGCAACUUUCAAAGUACCUUCAACUUAUCCGUUUUCAAGUGAAAAAAAUGAUUGUGGACCAUAUCGAUCUGAAUUGAAAAUAUUCAGAAAAAAAGAUAAAGACAAUGCACAUCCAAUAAUUACAGGUCUUUUUAGUGGUAAUAUUACUGGCUGCAAAUAAGAUUCAAAAAUAAAUAGCUGUCCUAAACAAAACUAAUUUUAUGUUUUUCUUUCAAACUAAGACAG